AUGGCGUCGAAGAAAGCAGUUUCAGCAGUGCUGAGUCAUCUGAAGAGCGGUAAGGUGCUGGGCGUCGCCGGCGAGUUGUCGCAGGCGGGUCCUGCGAGUCGCUCCACAGCGUUGAAAUAUAAAAGCUACAAUCCGUCGUUAGACAAGGCCGAUUUUGUGAAUAUACUGCCAGAAAUGCUGUUUUCUGUUGCUGGCGCAGCUAGGACCAGCGGCGUCGAUUUUCAGGUGCUCAAAUGCAGAGAUCCCAGAUACUUUCAAUUCAAGGACUGCUAUGUGCUGCUCUUCAACAGUAGCCAGUCGCUGGCGAGGUACCGGAGCGCUACCGAACUGAGCCGAAUCAACAAGAUCAGAGUCAAAUUCGUGCCACUGCCGCCCGGCGACAGCAGUGAGCAUGUAUACGCACAGUAUGUGAAGAAUCUGACAGCAGCGUUCGAGUCGCAUGGUCUGUACAAUGAAAAAAGCAGAACGAAGGAGCCGUUUGACCGUUCCAAGUUUGAUCUUAACGCACUGCAGGAACGGAUCAGGCCGAUAGAGGAGAGAUCGGCGCUGGUGUGGAACUUGCCCUUCGAUAUGAGGCCGCACGAUUUGAUUGACAGAUUUUGGUUCUACGAUAUCAAGCACUGUUUCAAGCUGUAUUGGGAUGUUUCGACUGGCGCAACCCUAUACUACAUUGCAUUUAACGACACCAGUGACUGUCUGAAGUUCAAGAGAAACUUUCAUGGCGUGCAUUUCGAAGAUAAGCUACACAUGAAACUCUUGGUUGAGACAUUGGGAUAG